AUGUCUUCUCGUAUUUGUGGAAUUAUCGAGCUCACUGGGCUCCACAGUCCAGAAGGUCCUGACGAGAAAACAGCCUACAGCGAGGAUGAUAGAAAAGUGACAGAAAGGGCCAAUGUUCUCGCUAAUCUCCAUUUUGUCAGUCUAGAGAAAGGCUACGAGCUCGAUUUCUUUUCCAUUAUAACUUCAACGCCACCAACCUCUCAAAUCAUAGAUAUGUCUUACAGCCUUGCUGAAAAUAAGUUCUAUUGGUCGAGGGUCCAACAAGGCAUGCCCUGCACGCGGAUUCACAUUGGCACCCAUUUUACUGCCGAACAAACACUCGAACUUCUUUGUACCGCAUUCAUAACCCCCUCACCACCAGGCAAAUAUUUCCAGGGGCCAAUUUAUGCUCUAUCAGAGGGAGAGGAGUCACAAGAGAGUGAAGAAAGCUCAUGCGAUGGCUUAGGAGAUGCUCGUCAGUACGUCUUCCUCAACCAUCACAAAGCCACAAAGCGAAGGUUAGCCUCGGCAAAAGAGAACCAGACAACCGUACGUGCCCGGGUAGAGGGCCAAAACGUCGAGGAAAUUGUUGCCGCGCGCUUAAGCAAGUUGUUGUGGAUUCCCUUGGAGAAAGUACGAACGGACGUGAGCCUGAGCUCCAUGGGAAUUGAUAGCAUGAUAGCAAGCGAAUUCCGCAUGUGGCUACAGCAGGCUCUCAAUAUCUCAGUCAUUAUGUUGGAGCUAUUGUCCCAGUAG